UGACGUUUCAUCUUCGAGUUCGAGGGAAAGUCACAAAAUCGUAAACUGAUUCCUUUCUCCAAAAAAUUGCAAUUACCUUGCUUUAUUUUUCUAAAUUGAGUGGUCGAAAAUGCCUUCAAUGAAGGUAGAAGGUGAUAGUGACGGUGACGGAGACAUGUCUGGAGGAGAUACUGAAAGAUCUGGGGGAUCCUCCCGAGGGCCUGAUAGGGACUCCAGCGCUGAGGAAGCUGAUGAACCCGACUCUGAUGACUCCUCAGAGAUGGACGAGAGUGAAUGCGAGCGGCGCAGGAACGAGUGCCUGGACAACUUAGCGAACCUCGAGCGUCAAUUCACCGUUCUCCGUGAGCAGCUGUACUGUGAGAGAGUGAAGCACGUUGAGUAUCAGCUGGCCGAAGUGCGCGGUGGGAGGUCCCAGGAGUACCAGGGGCCCUUACGCAGGCUGCAAGAGAACAUGCGGGUUAGAAUCGAAGUGGCCGGCAUCCUGAAGCAGUACCGCAUCGAGAACAUCAAACACAAGUACGAGGCUGAGGAGCAGGCCGCUCACCAGCAUUAUAAGAGUGAAAAAUGGUUGGCCUACGAGACGCUAAAAGAAGAGAUCCAAGAAAAAAUCCGUAAGUUAGAAGAGGAGAGGCACACAGUGGACUUAUGGCCUAGCGGGAACGAAUGGGGCAGGAGGAGGCGCAAGAGGCAGGUGACAGUUUCCCCCCCUUAUGUAGUCUACAUGCUCCCUGAUGCUGACAUCAUGGAAGACUGGCGACUGGUCAGGAAACUGCUCGAGAGAGCUGACUAGCGAAUAAUCUAGGUUUAAUAGGAAGGUGGAUUGUGUGCAUAAUUUUAUAAUAGAUCGUUUCAUCCACAAAGACGCGCCCCAACAAUUUUUGGUCGAGGGAAGCGCG